AUGUCGAACCAUCCGCCGCACUAUGGCAAUGCGCCACAUUAUCCUCCCCAUCUCUACCCCCAGCAACACGAGCAGCAACAUCUACAACAGCCGGAGCAAAGGCCUUACUCGUACCUUCACACUCCAGUCACUCUACAAGGGCCAACAUUCUCCUCGCCUGACAACCCCCGUCACACUGCUCCCUCUGAACAGACAAACCAACAAUCUCAUUCACAACCCAACCAGCCGGGUAACCACCGUCCGUUUUCGUAUGUGUCGCCCGAUGCUGAUAAGAUAGUGGAUGAAUCGUUAUCGACGGUUUCGAAUAACAGGAACGAUGCCGAUUAUGUGAAUAACCUCUACACUCACGUAUCUCCACCUCCACUUUCUGAACACCCUGCCCAAUUCGCCCCAUUUGCCGAUAGUACCACUCCACCCCCAAACCCAAGCCAGAUACACCAGGCCCAAGAGCAAGAAUACCUUCAACAACAGCAGCCACGGCAACAGGGAGAACAAUAUCAGCAACAUUUCCUACAGCAGCAUCAACAGCUACAACAGCAACAACAUGGCGUAAUCCCUCAUUCCCCUAUGGCAAUUCCUAAGUCUCCCGGCCCAUUGCCGGUAAAGCAAAACCCGGAAGCAGAAACUAGGGAGCGACAAGCAGAGGAGGCCACAAUUGCCCCUGACAGCAACCCUUUAGCACCGCAGUCACCCGCCCCAACUUAUGCCUCACAUUCAGGGCCUCAGAGGAUGAACGGCAGAAGUAUAUCUGCCGUUCCAGACAUACAAUGCCAUACCCCCGGCCAAGCCUUCCACCCCCAACAAAGCGUCAAGGGUGGAAGCUGGUCAACUGGACUUUGUGAAUGCUCAGAUAUAGGUGUCUGCUGCUUGGAAAAUCAAAACGGCAAGACCCGACUAAUAUGCUUGGAUAUGAGUCCUGCAAUGCAUCAUGCACUGUCAUGGCUCUAUUAUGCGGAUGUCAAUGUAGGUUACUCCUCCCCUCGCACCCCCAUUCGCUGUAGAUAUAUGGUCUAA